GGUUUAGAUUAAAAAAUUCAUUUGAGCAACGUUAUUUAGAUACUUCGUUAUUAUCUAAAGAACGAGUUAUUAUUUUGCCAAGUGAUCUGGGUGAUUCAAAACUUGGACAAACUGAAAAUGUUUAUUUGAAACUUGUACGAGAAAUAACACAAAUUUAUCACGUAGCAUGGAGAUUAGAUUUUAAUAGUAAAAUUGAAGCUUUUGAACAUGAAUGCAUUGGUGGAACUGUUAAUCUUCUUAUGCUCGCUCGUGAUGCAUAUAUUAAUAAUCAAAAUGUUCAUUUUAAUUUUACAUCAAGCAUCAGUACAUCUCUUGGGUCAAAAACGCAUGUUAAAGAAGAUGAAUUACCUCAAGAUAUUUCAAGUACGAUACUUAAUGGAUAUGCUUUAUCAAAAUUCAUUACUGAGCAUAUAUGUGCUGAAUGGUCUCGAAAAAUUGGUUUCAAGCUUGAUAUUCAUCGUGUUGGUCAAGUUUGUGGCGAUUCAGUUACGGGUAUUUGGAACACUAAGGAACACAUUUCACUUAUGAUAAAAGGUGCACAAGUUAUGAAAAUUAUGCCGGAUUC